AUGCAGUCCACCGCACAGACUACCGGCGAGGCAGCCUCCUCCGCCCCAAAGCCCUGGUUCUACUCCCGCUGGGGCCUCCACGCGAAGGCACGCACAAUCCGCCUCCUCGGCGCCCCCGCUUUCCUCCUGCACAAUGCUGCCCAUCCUGCCGCUCCCGGUCCUGACCAGACCAUCUACAUCGACUCCACCCUUGGCAAAUCGCGCGUCAAAAACGCGAUCGGGAUUUCCAUCUACCGUCCCAAGUCCACCGGGGCGGUAGCAGGCGCAAAGCCGGGCGCUAUGAUCAAUUACCACGGUGGGGGGUUCACAAUCGGGUCGGCGACGGAUGACUCCCGGUGGUGUAGGACGGUGUGUAAUGAGCUGGGGAUGGUGGUGUUCUCGGUGGAGUACCGGAUGGCGCCAGAACAGCCUUUCCCUGUUCCGGGGGAGGACUGUGCGGAUGCGGUCCUGGCGGUCGUAGGACGGGCGGAGGAGUUCGGGAUCGAUCCUGGAAACAUCACCCUUAGUGGGUUUUCAGCCGGCGGGAACCUCGCCCUCACCUCCUGGGUCCUCUGCCAUCAGCCUACCUCGGCGCACUGGUCCUACCCGUCCCUCCAAAUCCCAAGCGGAGCUAUACGCGGCCUCGUCCUCUUCUACCCCGUCGUAGACUUCUCCAAGCCCCGCGCCGAGAAGCUCGCGGAGAUCCCAUCCGACUAUCCCGUCCUCCCCGCCUUCCUUACUCAAUUAUUCGACCAGUCCUACAUCUACCCCAUGCAGACGAGGGAACAGAGGAAAGACCUCCGGCUCUCCCCAGGCCUGAUGGACGAGGCGUUACUGGACAAGUGCCCGCCGGUGCAUCUGGUGGUGUGUCAGCAUGACAUGCUGGCGGAGGAGUCGAGGGUGUUCGCGAGGAGAUUGAAGGAGAAGGGAGAGGGGAAGGUGGUGCUCCGAGAAGUGGAGGGGGAGGCGCAUGGGUGGGACAAGCCGCCGGUCAUCACCCCCAAACCGAGCGUGAUGGUCGAGUAUGGGGAGGCGGUGAGGAGUAUGCGGGGAUGGUCGGCGUAG